CUUUUUAUAUGUAUGAGCAGUAGUGAUUCAAGAGCAUAUUGAGGAAAAAUUGUCAGAGUUCUCAUGGCUGGAGAGGGUGACAAGAAGUGGGUGAAGGUGUGGGUUGAUGGUUGUUAUGACAUGGUGCACUAUGGUCAUGCCAACUUCCUACGUCAGGCAAAGGGCUUUGGUGACUACCUCAUAGUUGGGGUUCAUACAGAUGAAGAAAUCACUAAGCACAAGGGACCACCUGUGUUCAGUGAACAGGAGAGGUAUCGAAUGGUCCGUGCCAUCAAAUGGGUUGAUGAAGUUGUUGAAGGUGCUCCCUAUGUUACUCUGCUGGAAACUCUAGAUAAGUAUGGCUGCGAAUUCUGUGUUCAUGGAGAUGACAUGACUUUGAUGGCUGAUGGAUCUGACCCCUAUCAACUUGUGAAAGAUAAUGGGAGAUACAAGUAUGGUUACUUCACAUCCUCAACUGUUUUUUUAUUUUCCACACUUGUGAAAAUAGAGUGUCCACGAACACAAGGUGUGUCAACAACUGAUCUCGUGGGUCGCAUGCUUCUCAUGAGUAAGGACCAUCAGAUGAGAGGAUGCAGGGAAUUCGAAGUGGUGAAGAAGAAGAGCAAAGAAGAUGUUGAUCGUUUCAGUCGAGAUGGGAAUCCCCAUAGCCCAUGGACAGGAGUCUCUCAGUUUCUUCCCACAACCAGGAAGAUCAUCCAGUUCAGUGAGGGGAAAGAACCUAAGCCAGGUGAUCGAAUUGUAUAUGUUGCGGGUGCAUUUGACCUAUUUCACGUUGGCCAUUUGGAUUUCCUGGAGAAGGCUUGGCAGGAGGGGAACUAUGUCAUUGUUGGAAUCCAUACUGACCCAGUUGUCAACAUGUAUAAGGGUUCCAAUUACCCCAUCAUGAAUCUGCAUGAGAGAGUGCUCAGCGUCCUGGCAUGUAAGUAUGUAUCGGAGGUGGUGAUCGGGGCUCCCUAUUCUGUGACGGCAGAGUUGUUGGAUCACUUCAAAGUGGAUGUGGUGUGCCACGGGAUGACUCGAUUGAGUCCCGAUGUAGAUGGAAGCGAUCCAUGUGCUGAACCCAAGAAACGGGGCAUUUACAAAACCAUUGACUCAGGAAACAGCCUCACAACUGAUAUGGUUGUGAACAGGAUCAUCCAACGUCGGCUGGAUUAUGAGACACGAAAUGCCAAGAAGGAGCAGAAGGAGCUGGAAGUGUAUGCUGCCCUCCAGGCAGCCAAGCAGAAGGAUGAUGUGAUUACUCCUUGAUAGAGCAUCAUCCCAGCCAGCAUGAUACGCUAUUCCUUUCUCCUUCAUUCCAGAUAUAUUUUACGCUUUCAUUUUUCCUCAAAAAUCAAAGUGCUCUUCUACCUUGUGUCCUAAUGGAACUCCUUCAAACUUGACCUAGUCAUGUUCAGGAUGCUUAUGUGCUUUUACCUGCUUUUCAUAUCAUAUCAUGUACCUAUACAAGUUUUAAUGUUAGUUUAAAUUUUUUCAUGCCUCAGUAUUGCAUGUCUGGGU